UAAACUAAUCUGAAUUUGUUGAUCGUUUUUCGUCAAUUUAUAAAAAGAAUUACUUGGAUACAUGUAUUAGGAAUCUGUAUGCUAGACACUUCUGGCAUAAACUUGUACAGUAAGAUGCUAAUGCUGUAAAAGAUCGAGAAGCAAUGGAUAGAACAAUAAUAUUUAAGCGAAAAUCCGAUGAUCGCUUAGAUCAAAUUGGUGGUGGUUCAAAAUUGUUAAAUGGUGAUGGCGUAAAUGAAAUAAAUAAGAAUAUAUCAUGUAGUGGAGGAAAUAAUAGAAGCGGCAAGCGAUAUCAAAACACCCGAACUAUUGUGAAAAGAAAAGAUAACCAAAAACAACACGAGAGCCUAAAUGACGGUUCAAGCUUACAGGAUUUAAAUAAACAGCUGCAAGCAAAUUUGCCGGAAGACAUGCGUAUUUCUAAAUUACUGCGAAGGCUGUGUCAGGAAAAUGAUGUUAAAGCUUGUUUAGACUUGUGCAGCAAGCUGGGAGUCGUCAUAUUAGAACCAUGCAAUGAGUCUUACAUACGUAAAUCCUUUGACAUUUUGGCUGACGGAAUUAUUUCCGUGCUAGAAAACGGUCCCCGUGACUGUCUAGAUCAAAUCGCGGAAGUUUUUGGUAUGAUGGGGUAUGUAAAUCGGAAUGAUUUCACCGCUUAUCGCGCUUGGAUUAUAAAGUACUACAAAAGUUCCAAAAGAAUGAAACGUGCUAUGAUGAAGGCCGUGAAAAAAACUAUUUCAUUAGAUAUCAAAGGUGAUAUGAAAGAAAUGGCAAGCCGCUUGAUGGAUAUGCUUAAAGAUUACCUGGAAGCGGCUGAUACAGUUGACACAUUUGUGACGGUUACCGAUGUAAUUGUUGAUAUUUGCGCGAAAUACCCAAGAUGUUUUCAAACCCACUUUACAGACAUCGUCGACAUUGUUGUUGGUUGGCAUUUAGAAACCGAUCAAAUACCAGAAGUGAAAAACCAUUGUUCAAAGGUUCUCCAUUCAUUUAAAAACUUUUGGAAUGAGGAUUUGGAAUUUACGCUCAACUUAUUAGGUCAAUUUGUUGAAGAUAUCGAAUCUUGCUGUUCAGAAUUGGAAAGCAGUGGUAGUGGUGAUCUAUUUCUAUCCUCAGCUAUUUCUUUCAGCUCCCUACUCGAUGCUUUUAAUACAGUAAUAAAAUGCUUGAUGCCUACCCCAGAAAUAUUAUUCCGGACCGUAGGACGGGAAAUGGUAGAUAACAGCUUCGAAGUGAUCGUUAAAGCCAGCACAAUUAUAACGAAACAAUAUUGUCUUGAAGAAGUUCUACUACCGAUCAACGAGUGUCUAAUAAUACUGCUUAUGCUAGAACCAUGUGCCGCUUCAGCAGAAAAUGAGAAGAUUCUUGUGGUAAUAGGGGCGGAAGUUGCAAUUGUCGAAACAUUGAAUCACACUCAAAUAUGUAGUCUGUUGUUGCUGUUACUCAGAUACACGGAAGUUAAGGCGGCAAAUUUGCCUCUGGAAUUCCUACAUCUAGUUUGGGAACCAAAAUCAUCUUUUGUUAAGCUUCGCUAUCAGCGUUCUUCAGAAAUUCGUGAAGGUCUACUUAAGUUAUAUCAUUCUGUACUUGCAAUCAAAAACGUCGAAACAUUGGAGAAAGCGUACAAGUUUAUUCUAGAUGAUUUAAGCGAAGCUAUGGAGCUGUUGAAAAAUAGCGAAAAAGCAGAACUACGAACCCAAUCACAAUAUUCAAUAAAUUUCAAUCUGCUUACUCUCUCAACACUUGCGAUGGCAAACAAUUCUAUAUUGGUGAUGUGGACUCUUCAACCGAGCAUCCUUUAUGUUUUGUUAGAAAAAUUGCACCUACUGGAUUAUUCUCUAUGGAAUGAAUUUCCUAAUCUGCAUUACGCUAUUCUUCGUGUUGCGUAUCAGCAUAGUAUUCAAAACAGCAAUUUCAUAUCAUCCAGCACUUUACUGCGUUCGAAAAGUUACGCGAUUGUAGACUCGUUCCACCGUCUUGGAUUAGAAGCUACUGUAUCUACAUCAACUGCUAGUCCAACAGCGGAACAUUUUCGUUUGAUAAUUGAAUUCUUGGAAAACGUUCUACCAAGGGAUACUUCACCACACCACUUGAAUUUGCUUUUGGACUGGUGUCGAGUGGUAAUAAGUCAAGUAUCACAAUACUACGAUGUGCUCCUCGAAAAUAGCACAUUCAAGACUAUUUGCGCGCAUAUUUGCGACAUCAGUAUGCGAAAAGAUGAAAGAUUAACAUUAAAAUGUGCGGAAUGUCUCAGCUUAAUGAGCUCAUAUAAAGCUUUGGCUUCAUCCUGCUAUCAAGGCAUUGCUGAAGUAUGUUGCCUUCUUAUGUGUUCUACAAACUCUGAAAUUAGAGAAAGGUUUUCACACAUCCUGGCAAAGCUUCCAUUACGAUAUACACUAAAACAAGUUAGUCAAUUCAGUGGAAACAAUGAACAACGUAACCAACAAAUCUAUGAGCUGCAGAGUUGGUAUGUUGCCACAGAGAAUACCGGAGACCUAAGGUCUCAUUAUUUUCGCAUGUUUAUUGAUAAAAUCAGCUUCCAGCGGGAAUCCGCAAGUAUUGAUGAUUUUCUCAAAGAAGUAUUUACGAAAUCAUGGUUUGUGGACGAAGAUAAAAAACAAAAGUACAGUGAAAUGGCGUUAGCUGAUUUGCGUUGCUUAAUACCCUGGGCUCAAUGGGAAGCGGCGCACUUUUGUGUCAAUAACAAACUUCGCACACCUAUUGGAAAGCCACAAGAGACAUUUCUUAAAAUCGAAUCUAUCAUAAAGGAAUAUGCGCGCGUUCUGUCAAUGAAAGAAAGCUGUACUGUUAAAGAUUUAAGAACAUCGAUGGCCAACCAGAGACACGCUAGAAUUCUGCUAGGAUUCCUGGAGGCACUGGAAAAAGCUAUUUAUAAUGCUGCAGAAGGAACUGCUUUUGCUUUACCUAGUCCUGAAAAGCCCGCGCGUACAUUCUUCCGCGUUAACUCUUCUACUUGUGCCGAAUGGUUUAAUCGUAUUCGAACAGCUGUAUAUUUAGUUGCAUUGCAUUGCAUGGAACCGGAAAUGGUAAUUCGCUAUGCGGAAGCGGUGUUGCGGGAACUGGUUGUGGCAAAAAAGUUUAAUGAUCCUAUUUUCGAGCAUACCCUCAUGUCCCUGGUGUGGGCUUUGCUGCGAAAUUGGGAAAGUGAUGCCUUGUAUGGCGUUUAUGUAUGGGCGAAGCAGGUCACCGGGAAAAAAUACGCAUGGAUUAAAAUGGCCGCCGAAGAGGCUGCAGGUCACCGAGAGACAGCCUUAGAAGGAUUUAUGACUAUACUUUCUGAUCCUGAUUGUGAGAAUUUGGACAGGCAUAUAAGAGAUUUCAUUGUUGAUCAGAUCACUCUGUCACUUAUAUUCACAAUGAGGCUUCCUGAGCUAUAUGAUUUUCUUGUAUCGGAAGAAACUAGAGGCAUGCAAAGAGCGACUAUUCCGUUGAUUACACUCACCCCGAAAUUGGUAGAAUCUUGGAUCGAAUACGAAAAAACCAAGGAUAAAAACGCUAUUGAUAUGGCUGACUGGGAUCAGGUAGAUUUUGGUACAGAUAUUACCAAUAACUUUUCCUGCCAUAAACUGUUAAGUGACACAGAAAAUAGUAUUGCUGCCAUAUUUAUGCUACAACAUACUCCUGAAAAAGAGGAAAAAAUUCGUAUGUGCAGUGAAGUAGUGCACAGUGCACUACAGGAAUGCCUACUAACGAAGUCGAGAGAAUUCUUAUUUCAGAUGACGAUUACUAAUCACAUUGUACAUAUAGCACAGAUGACUGAGUGCACUGCAGAUGAUUUAAAAUCGAUUCGAGUUCAUAAACAGUAUGGCUCAUUCACAAUUAUGAGAGUUUUGUCUUGGAUCGAAUUUUUUGACAACAGCAGAAAAUGUCAGCAGAAUAACAUGGAAAUGCGAUUAGAUCUUGUUUCUGUUGCACGAAAGGAAAACAAUUUCAGUUUGUGUCAGCGUGAGCUUGAUGCGUUUUAUAAAAGUUAUGAUAUUGCUAAACUAUUUGGCAUAGAUCCGCAGUCUAUUACAAUUGACAAAAUUCAGCAGCUACUGAUGAGUGAUACAAUGAAAAGUAAUCUAUGGGAUGUAGUUUUGUCUAGAGCAGUCUACGAGCAAUGCAAAUGGCUCUACUGUCAAUCAAAUAGAAAACAAGCCAUUCAAUUUGCAUCGGUUGCAACAGUCGGAAUACACGAAAAAUUAGCCCAGAUUAAUGCUACUUCUGACAACCUUUUACGUGAGAGGAAGGCGAGAUUUUUGCUUACCAUUGCGGAUUGGGUCCAGAAUGAAGAUUCCAAAAUUUUAAACGAGCCACGAUCCAAUACUCCGCUAGUUAAAUUGAUCAAUUCUCUUGCAGAGCUUGAGCCCUCUGCAGAUCCUAGAACGGUAUCAAUUUUUUCAAUUACGGACAUUGUUAUAGGGAAACUGCUACAAGCCAGCGUUCAGUGUUGUCCGGAAUUAGCAAAAGCAUGGUAUCAAUUUGGGUCCUGGAGUUAUCGGUGGGGAAAGAAGAUGGUAGAAUUUAACACGGAUGGUAACACGUUACAUCUAAUUAAUCAGGAAGAAAUACAAAAAAUUUUGCCUGCCACAUCGCCAGAGAAUCUACAAAAAAUAGCAAUCAUAUUAAAUCAACACGAAGUUGGUGAGGACGAAGAGGAAAUUGGUUUGAAUGAAAUGAGCUCUACUGGUCUGUUAGAAUCGUUGCAAACUACAAUACCUGAACUGCGCACAUGUUCAGCUGAAAAACUUCAACUAAUAGUAGAUAUCUGGCGACAAACACAUCGUACGGUUUAUGGAUAUUAUGAAAUAGCAGCAUCAGCUUAUUUUCGAUAUCUUCAAGUAUCUUCUUCGAUCGAGAUGGAAAGUGAAAAUGGAAAUUCAUCGACGGUAACGGCAACGCUUCGGUUACUAAGAUUGAUUGUUAAGCAUGCACUUGGCUUGAAAGAAGUACUAGAAGAAGGACUUGCUACCACACCUACCAAUCCCUGGCGUGUAAUCACUCCACAAUUAUUUUCCAGAUUGAAUCAUCACGAACCAUAUGUUAGAAAGCGAGUCUCGGAGCUGCUUUGUCGAGUCGCAAAAGAUGCACCUCAUUUAAUUAUAUUUCCGGCUGUAGUUGGAUCUGUACAGGAAAAAAAGGUUGACAUUGGAAAUAUUUCCCUGGAUGAGUUAGAUGAUGAUAUGAAGGGUAAUAACAUACCUGAUAACUCAGGAUUAGCUUUUUGUUUCAAUGCGCUUCUCGAAAUUCUUUCAAAAGAUGCGCCGGAGACGGUGCAACAAGUGCAAAUACUGGUUUAUGAGCUAAGACGAAUUUCACUACUGUGGGACGAAUUGUGGGUGGUUUCAUUGCAGCAAAUUUAUUCUGAGUAUAACAAACGUUUUGCUAGUUUUGAAAAUGAACUGCAAAAAAUACUUGAGAGUCAUUUGUUUGAGAGCAAAAAGCAUCUAGUGAUCGAAAAACACAAACUUUUACUUAGACCACUAAUAUUCGUGAUGGAACAGUUAUACGACAUGACAUCUAGACCAUCACAAACUAUCCAUGAAAAGCAUUUCCAGGAUCGGUACCUAAAGUAUAUAAGUGCUAUGAUUGAAAAAUUCAAGGAACCAUUCGAUUUUAAGAAACCAGUGGAAGGUUGGACACGCUUUAAAGCCCUGUUAGGACAAAUGCAACAACGUAGUCAGAAAAAAAAUUCAUUUUCUCUGCGUCUCGCGGAAAUCAGUCCUAUUUUAUCGAAUCUAUCGCAAACAGCAAUUUCCAUGCCCGGAAUUGAUUGUACUCAAAAGCAACAAAUUUUCAUUAGCUCAGUGGACAACUCCGUGCAAAUUUUACCGACAAAAACGAAACCAAAAAAAAUGAUGUUCUACGGCAGCAAUGGACGUAGAUAUAGUUAUCUGUUCAAAGGUCUCGAGGAUUUACACUUGGACGAACGAAUCAUGCAAUUUUUGUCUAUAGCUAAUCUAAUGAUGACAAAAUCAAUUGAUUGUAACGGAAACAUAACUCACUACCGUGCUGAACAUUAUUCCGUCAUUCCACUGGGACCUCGUUCUGGACUAAUCAAUUGGGUAGAUAAUACUGUUCCGAUAUUUUCACUUUACAAGAAGUGGCAACAGCGAGAAGCCCUUCAGAAAAAAGACAAACCUGGAACCAUUAGUCGGCCAUCAGAGCUUUAUUAUCAAAAAUUAACACCUUUGCUACAAAAGCAUGGACUCAAGACUAGUGACAACCGAAAGGACUGGCCUAUGCCAGUGUUAAAGCAAGUAUUGAAGGAGUUACAAAGUGACACGCCACGUGAUCUGUUGGCGAAAGAAUUGUGGUGCCAUAGCACAACAGCUGCUGCUUGGCGUCAAGUUGUGCGUAAUUAUUCACUAUCGCUAGCUGUGAUGAGUGUUAUUGGUUAUAUCAUUGGACUUGGUGAUCGACAUCUGGAUAAUGUGCUAGUGAAGCUUGCAUCUGGAGAAAUAAUUCACAUUGAUUACAAUGUAUGCUUCGAAAAAGGAAAGACCUUGCGUGUGCCAGAAAAAGUGCCAUUCCGUAUGACGCCAAAUCUGGAGGAAGCACUAGGGAUUACUGGUAUUGAGGGCACAUUUCGAUUGGCGUGUGAACAUGUACUUAAGUCACUAAAAAAAGGACGAGAAACUUUGCUUACUCUACUGGAAGCAUUUGUGUACGAUCCGCUAGUAGACUGGGCUGUAAACGAAGACGGCGGGACCGCGGCCUUUGCCGUUUCAACCUAUGGUAACAGAGAAGGAUUCAACAGCGAGCUUCGCCAUGCAAAAAAGCAGCUUGAACGGGAAGUGAAUCGCGAUACACUGGCGAUCCGGUUUUCUGAAAUUAAAUCUGAAUGGAAUCAAAACCGUGACGACAUAUAUCAACAAUUAUUGUUGAUGCAAACAUUGCUACAAGAACUUAAAUUAUGCCGUUUAGAGCUUUGUACGUCCGAAGGGCAUCGAGAAUCACUCUCACGCCAAAUACAAGUUAUUCGUGAAGCAGAAUCAUUAGAGUCAGCAAUUGGAAGUCAUCCUUUGAAUACACUUUCUCAACGCUACAGCGUGUAUAAAAAAAUUAUAGACGAUCACGAGUCAGCAAAAAGUAUAUUGCUGAAUAAACUUUCUGAUGCCGAACAAAAACUGGAAAAUUACAAAUUAUUUUGGGAAGAUGUCAAAAGUCAGAAAUUGCGUGAACUUGUAAGUAGAGUUCACAUCAACGUAGAAGAAUGUUCAUCCUCUGAAUUUGAUCAAGUACGAGACUUCCUAGAAAAGUCUAAUCUUUGCGACAUCUUCUUGAAAGCAAACGAAUGUCGACACAAAUUAAACGAUCACAUUCUGAAGUUAUCUAUGGUGUUAAAUCACGCAUUGGAAUUACUUAAUCAAUAUGGCAUGAUAAUAAGUUACUAUUCAAACGGUUGCGAGGAAAAUCACUGGCAUUUUAAGUUUACUGCUUGGUAUAGAAAGUUGAUUGAUGAAAAUUCCGCACAGUCUUGUCAUGAGGUUUUACAUCUCCACCAGCAGCACGCUGUAAAAAUUCGCCAACAGACUGCCAACCAACAGGUUAUUUCUUUCUCUUAUCAUUUGGCAAACAUAUUAUCUGAAACAGGAUUCCGAUUGACUGAAUUGGUUAACUAUCAUGCACAAGAGCUGAAUGAAAGUACCGUUUCCGUUGAUCAGAUGUAUGAAACUUCACUUUCAUCUAUCAAUUCAAUCGCCUUUAGCAACCCAAACGGACAGCAAAUAUUAAAUUGUGCAGCCGUUAAACUGUUUCUGGAUCUGAGCCAAAAUUAUUUAUUGCUGGAACAAACUGCUUCGACCGCUGGAGACUCACUAAUCGAUCUACAGUUGAAUGACAACUGGUUUUUGAUAGAACUAUACAUGGCUUCUGCGCAACUAAAAGCAUUGGCUCAAAUUAUGUUCGAUCAAAGUAAUGAAAAUCAUGCCCACCACAACGACAUUUACUCCAUAGGAUUCAGUUGUCUUUCAGCUUCCGUUGAUAUUUAUGAAUAUUUGCAUACGAUGAAUGAACGAAUAGCGCAGAACUUCCUAACCGAGACCAUGCAAGGUAUUAUUUCGGAGAACCAAAGCGUAAUAGAUAUGAUUUCUGCUGUUUCAAACCUUCAAUCGAAUAUACCACCCCUGUCUCAACUGUUAGACGAAUUAAAUAUGCAUCUGCAAUGUGUGGUAAUGAAUAUUCCAUCAUCUCAUUGUCACUCCCUCACAAUGGUGGAAGAGUUGAAACAAAAGUUUACAAGUUUAGGCGAAAGUUACCGAUUGCAAGAAACACCUACGGAUGGCGCCAAAUUAUAUUUAACACUUCAUUCCUUGUUCAACGAAUUACUGGAGAAACAGUGUGGCCUCUUGCGAAUUGUUUACGACGGCAUGAUGUUAAUAAAUGAAGUUGACCCCCUUGAUCACAUAAAGGACUCCAAAGAUCUAGCGGUUCUUAUUCUAAACAAAUCGACAAAUGACGUCCUGGAAAGCAUAUUUGUCGUAAAACGAGUACAAGCAAUAAUUGAAUUUUUCACAUCCUGUUUGCAAAUUGCCUGCUUCUUCAAGGGAUCUGCUUAUACAGUUCCAUUCAACGAUGAUUUUUCGGUACGAGCAAUCCGAAGAUUUGUUUCAGAUUUCGUCUACCAUUCAAUGCUGGGUGUUGGACCGAUUGCUUGCGGUGCUAUGCUCUACGGUGUUCUUCAGCGCAAUAAUCCCACACUAAAUGAAGGUGUUGCAAUGCAUCAGCAACUGUCCUACAAUAAAGAUACGAUCGCUUUACAAGAGCUUUGCAAUGCAACUAUUGAACAUACGCUUAGUGCUGUACAUAUAUCCCAGCAGGAAUACAAUAACGCUAACAAUGCCUACAUAAAUUUAGGUUUUAUGUGGAGGAAAAAAAUGCGAAUUAAAUUGUUGUCUGAGCGCAUCAUAACGGAACAAAUUACGCUAAAUAGAAUUCAAACGUUGUUUGUAGCUCAUAAUUGGUUGCAUGAAAUUCCAACAAAUCAACCACAACGAGAAAUAAACAUCAAUACAAAUCGUUCUGCUGUGGUAAUUCAGCUUCAAACGUUUUUGACACAGUUGUCAUCCAUUAAGUUGACUUUACAAAACCUACACGAAGAGAUACGUGCAAACACAAACACAAUCCUGCACCGCCUGAAAUGGGCAUCUGGUGCCAAUUCUGAAAUAAUCUAUUUACUCCAAUCGUUUGAACAGGCGUCGAUGAUGAAACAGGAAUUUUUGGACGAAUAUAUGCUUUACCUGGAUAUUGCACUUAAACAUUGCAGUUCUGUUUUAGAUCAUGAAAUCAUUCAUUUACAGAAAUGUCAGGAUCAACAAGAUCAAGAAUUUAUCGAGUUAGUGGAGAAAUUCAAAAAUGCAUGCACAAAAUUAGUGUCUGGCUCAACAAUGGUUAAUAGAACCGAAAUUGCACUCGUAGAAUUACUUGACCCAGAGGGUCAAAUUGAUCAUGUUUGGCUAGACAAUGUCCGAGCAUUGAUCGAUGAUAUGACCGAUCAAGUGCACACAAAAAUUGCUCGCAUGGAAAAAGAAACUCGGAAUGCACAGGAAAAUUUACAUAUGAGUGCUCAUAAGCUUCGAUCCCUAAUAAGUGCCCAUCAUUCGCUUGCAUCAGAUGUUCGAAAUUUGCUUAAAAUUAAACUAAAAAUGGAUUCAUCACCGGCAUUGAGAGAAUAUUUGCUUAAAUAUAAGGCAUUCUUGGAAACUAUUUCCGAAUUGCACUCGAACGUGCUUAGCAAAGAUUUUACCGACGGACUGGUACAACAUGCUAUGCAGCAAGUUCAGAGUACUCUACCAAACGUCCACUCAGUGUUCGAUAAACUAUUUGCCUUUGAUCAAGGAUCAGAUGACGAUCACUGUGAUGAAGGAAAUGAAUUAGACAGAUCUGAAAAGGUGCUCGGUGAAGUUAUUCAUUCUCCGGAUAAGAGAUAUACCAACGAAGGAAAACCUGAUAAAGGGCAAACUCAAAAAGAACAAAAACGAAAUGCUUACGCUGUUUCGGUUUGGCGUCGCAUUAGAAUGAAGCUAGAAGGACGAGAUCCGGAUCCAAAUCGUCGCUGCACCGUACAGGAACAAGUGGAGUGGAUGGUGCAAGAAGCGAUGGAUCCAGAUAAUCUUGCUGUGCUAUAUGAAGGGUGGACUCCAUGGGUGUGAGCUGGUAAUUGAGUAAUUGAAAUGUGUUGGUAAGUUCUCGUAAAAUCAAACCCGCGAAAGGCGAAAGCGUAACAUUUGAUUACGCCUUUGCUGUUAGUAGCGGUUUCGAAUAUCACCAGCAGCAAGUAGAUAUGCUGCUUACUGUCCGUCGGAGCAGGCGAAUCAUCUCCGUGGAGUCGACCCGGGCAGUGCUAUGACUGCCUAACAGGCACCUAACGGUUUCAAUUAAAACUGCUGCUCUAUCUACGCAUCCAUUCACUGUGGUAGUUUUACGGCAUUUAAAAGAUGAACUCAAAAAUAUUUGCGACUUACGCUGCUGUAGUGAAUGAUUCAAGAAAUUCGUUGCCAUCAAAUCUUAUCACCUUCAUGCAUCGAAUAUAAAUGAUAAAUUUUGAUUAAACCAUGCACACUCUCCUUUUCAUUAAUGCAGUUUUGAUUGCUAUUAGCAUUUUCUUUCUAUGCCGUAGCAAUCCCAAAUUCCAAUUCUCUUAAUACAUCAUAGAAGACUCGAACUUAUAUUGGAUGAACGGGAUAUUACAAAAAAACAACAAUUUGUGGCAGUGAGGACUCAAGUCCACUACUAAAAUGUAACUACUUGUUGCAUUUUAACUACGGCGCAAAACACCUUUCCUUUAUAGAAAUAUUAAAAUUCUUUCCAAUUUUAGUUUUUUUUCUUUGUGAUUUUUGCGGAACAGCGGACAAAUGAAUUCGAAUGUUUUGAUUCUUCUAUUGCUUCUAUUACAUUAAUGAGCGGAUCUACUCACUGUAACUAACUUGUACAAUACCUGUUUGUUUUCCCUAGUUUGUUUCUAAAGCAUAUAUGAAUUUCUUAUUUAUGAGGAUUCUAUGCUGCAAUGGUUACAUAAAAAGAACCACGAGUGCAUUUAUACCGGUCGGUCAUUCGAUGGAAAAUGUACAAUCAAAUGUUUUUUGACGAAAUUUUUCUCGUUUCCUGCCUAAAAUCGAUUUGUAUUUUGUUUUUAAUUCAGUUGCUAGUUUUUACAAAUCGCAACAUGUGAUUUAUUAAAGUAUUGUAAUCCGAAUAAAUCACUAUUUUUUUAAUGUUGACGGUAAAGCACAGAGAAAACACAUUUAGUCUAGAUAAACUUUGAGCAGUUAUCAGCGCCACCUAGUCCAGGUAUUGCUAUACUAAAAUGGAUAAACUGCAUAUUCCCGUUGACGUUGCUGCUGAUACCAUUCUGGAUAUGCCCACUAUUCCAAUUGAUUGUUUUUCUGUAAUUAAAUAGUGCAUUUUUAUGAACAAUUGUAGACCACGCUUCUGUUUGCUGUCUUGACCUUUAUAAUGAGGUUAUUUUUUUAUAAUGUGAGUAUUUAAAGGAACGGUAGAAGAAAGUGAUGAAAGAAAGGUUUUAAUAGUAUCUCAGGGCAAGACAAGACGUAAAGAGGAACGAACGUAAAUGAGUGAGUUGGAGGUUCGUCGAUCCACAGAGGGAAAAAAGUUGUUUCGAAUCCACCUAUAACUGGCUCUCACUCUAGUAAGAGGAACGUUAUGUAAACUUAAUAAAUGUUGUUUUAAUGACCUUACCUUAAAAAGCAAAGCAAAGCAAAGCCAAGGUGCUACAUUCCGUUAUCGAAACUUGACCUUCUGUUUUUUAUACGACAGACUUCGCAUACAUGACAAUUGCAGGGCCAGUUGCUACGAUCCUAUUGACUCUAACAGCCUCUCCCAGCCGAGAUUCGAACAUACGACGACUGGCUUAUUAGGCCUGCAUCAUACCUCGAGGCCAACUGGGAGGCAACCCACCCUUACCUAUAUCUAUUUUUCCGCUUUUUCCUUUCCCGUCUUGUCUCGCCUUGAGAUACUAUCAACACCUUUUAUCUUAGGGCGAUAAAUGUUAAAGUGAUGAAUGUGUAAAUGUUGAAAACCAUUCUCCGAUACUCCGUUAGUUCCUGGCAACACGAAAUAGCGAGUAUAUCCAGUAUUUUAUCCAGUUUUAUCCAGUAAGCUAUUUUUAAUAUAUUAAAAACUAUCUUUAUAGUCAGCAUUAAAAAAUAGCGAUUUUCAGAUUGCAAUACUUUAAUAAAUCAUGUCUUGCCUCAAAAUACUAAAAUUCAUAAUACUAAAACUAAAAAAUACAUAUAAUUUUUUUGAGCGAAGAAAGAUAGAAAAAAAUCCAUUUCUUGUAUCAUUCUUGUAUACAUUAUACUAUGCGCAGCAGUUUAAUUUGUGCAGUCAUAUUUUCAUUCUUUGGGAUAUUCAUAACUAAGCCCUUAAAUUAUGAAAUCAUUCGCCUAAUUUUCUUUUAUUUUAGUUACGGGAACCUAUAAAUUAUCAUCUUGUUCAUGUAUACAUUUUUACUAAAGAGAAUAAGCUUUUUAUAGAGGCAAUGAGCGUUAAUAUGUUAGGUAUUAAUGUUUUCCAAAUUUUACAUAUAUUGUACUACGACAAAAUUUAGAUGAUGAAUGAAUGAAUCAUAGAUUCCUUUUUUUGCAAGCAGCUGAUUUAGUCAUACUGGUCAACUUCUUAGGAAACGUUUGUGUUUUGUAACAAACACUUUUUGGAUAAGUUUGGAUCCACUUGGUACAAAAUGAAGUAAGAAAGAGUAGCAACCUUCGUUUGUUAUUUGACACAUUCCAGCGUUACGGGACACCCAACGGGGUGGCAUGCUAGGAUUUCAGCGUAACGAACUUCUAUUUUUAUUCCGCUUUCACCAAAACUGGAUAAACUGUUGUCGUAUUUUCACUCAUUCAACAGAAAAAUAUUAUAGAAUGUAUUAUAUAUUACAAAACUGCAAGAGUAUUCAUCAAAUUGUACUAAACUGCAUAAAUAAUCCUAAACUGCCAUCAUUUGAUACAGUCAGCAUCAAGUUUUGUUACCCGAUUUAACAUUGCUUUAGAGUGACCAGGCCAUUUUUCGGGUGCCAGUGCCAGUGAUGUCGGUUACUCACCAAAUAUAUGGGAGAUGACAAUAACCUUGCCAUUCCGUUGGGGACACCAUGCCCACCCUGCCAAUCAGUUCCUAUUGAACCAAAUCCCUAGCAUACAACUGGAAAGUAAAGUCCGCUCUAGUAAGCAAUGUUACAAGCUAUUUGCCAAAAAUUUGGUGACACAAGAGCCAAUGUACAUAGUUAAAAAUGUUGCUAAUUGUGUCCCGUAACGCUGGAAUGUGUCAUUUGGAAGUUCUGCUAAAAUUCACAAAAAAAAAAUCAUAGAUAAUCGCGGUUACCUACUUUCAAAACUACUUCUAUUUUCAUUUUUCCAUUCUGCCAUACAUGUUACGUUAUUUCUAUCGAAAGUGACAUUAAUAUCAAUAAAACU